UUUCGGCUGUAAUCUAUGCUCGAGCACCACCCAGUGACAGCAUUUGCAUUGGGCUCAUUUGAAUUGAGAAUCGUUGCCAUUCGCCAACGGCGCAGUUCAUCGUCGAGCGGGUCCCCCUCUCUCAUCGCCGCGGCUGCGCCUGCAACGCGUUGCUGCCGUCGCGGCACCAUGGAUCAGCAAACAGAUGAAUGUGUAGCAGAGGGAGCUGGUGCAAUGGCGAGUUCUACAACAAAUGUUGGAGAUACGGCAACUAAGCAACACACUUCUGGCUCCAUUGCCCAAGCAGCUAAACCCCAGGCUCCAAGCAAUAACACAAGGCCCCUGUGCAGGAUUUAUUCCCAUGGCCGUGUCUGUUAUUAUGGAAAUCAAUGCAAAUUUCUUCACCAGCGUGCCAAGCCACAGGAAGAUCCCAGCAAUGGAAGUGAAUGCCAGCAAUCGCCGGUUAGCGGCACAGGCUCUGGAGGACAGAAUAAGGGUUCUCAGAAGUCCACAGAGGAGGUGCGUGCGGUAAGGGAGGAGCAGGCCCCGACCAAAAAUUUGAAAACUGGGUCAAGUGGCAAAACACAAUUGAAGCAAAAAAAAACAAAUCGUCUUUGCAAGUACUACCUCGCUGGCUUCUGUGCCUUGGAAAAGCGAUGCAGAUUCUUGCACCCAAAAACAGGUCUACCUCCAGUCGACGACAAUGACACAAGCCACACAACUGCACAUGAAACGCCUCCAGCAGCCCCAGAUAUAUUGGUCAACACGAGUGAAGGAAACGGUGUUAAAUCUUCCAGAAACACUGGUGAGGAUAUAGAGCCCUCAAAUGUUGCCUUAGCCGAAGGCCAAAACACACAAGCCACCAGGUCUGUAGCAGUGAGGCCCGCCAUUGUGAGAGAGGAGGUCAAACUAAGCGAGCUGACUGAUGAGAUGGCCACGGAGCUGAGGGAGACGGAGAUCGCACAGCUGAAGAAGCGCUUUCCAAGUGAAAAGCUGAUCGUGCAGGAGAGUGAAGAUGGGAAGCUAACAUACUACCGCUUCACUGUUAACCCUACUGAUCCAGACUGGCCAUUUGAUCUACGUGAUUUGGAAGUCAUGGUCAGUUUUCCUGACGGCUACCCCAGAGAGAUUCUGAAUAUUGAUAUUCCGGCAGACCAAGAUUUACCAACAACAAUGGGAAGGCAUGUGCUUAGGACAUCCCAGGAGUGGUUGCAAGCCAAGCAAGCAACCAACCAGUUGCUGGGCAAGGUGGAACUCUUGUUCCGACCAUACCUUCGUUGGCUGGACCGAAAUAUGGAGAGGCUCUUCACUGAGGGAGCACGGCUGCUAAAACGAGAAGUGGAGGCAGAACGGGCAGGGAUGCAGUUGAUCCCUUUUCACCAUCUUAGGCCUGCUGCUGAAUCAGAACUUGGCACUAGCCCAGAUACUGGGGAGAGGCAUCCGCCAAACGCACUUAAAACUCAAGGAGAUGAAGGUGGUUCAAGCAGUGACCACUCUUGUGCAGACGAAUCGGAUAGUGCAGAAGACAGUGAUAGUGACGAGCCAGAUGGGAAAAAUGAUGGAGGAAUUGAGCAGCAUGUGGAAGGCGAUCAGCCCGAAGGUGUCGAAGCGAGCGAGCCAAACGUCCAUUGUGAUAUUGACACACCCCGACGCGGCACUGAAGUGAAGCUCAUCAACCUGAAGCUCGGUGAAGAGACUGCAACUUUGGUGGCCCAGAAAAUCACCGUCUCCCUGCAGUGCACCCGGUGUAAGACUACAGAGGAACUGGUGUUGACGAACAAGCACGUAUACGUGUUGUCGUGCCAGAAGUGCAGUUCCGACAUGACGGCAGCUCUGCGCCUGUGCAUGAUGCACCAUCACUCGGCCGUGCUGGGAUUCAUGGAUGUGAAUGGCUGCGCCCCCUUUGACCUCAUCUUGCAGGACUCCCGAUUUUUGCUCGCAUGCAUGAACUGCUCCGAGCAGCAGCCUUUAGAGGGAUUGAUGUAUGGGCUCAACAAGGAAGUUAAUUGCCAGAGCUGCCACAAAAAACUAUCGGUGUUUAUUGAAACAACUCGUUUUCAUGCACUUCAACCAUCUCUGCAAGAUGAAGGCAAUCAGAUUGUUGUUAAUUUGAAGAAAAAGAAACUGGCCAAAGACCCUGCAAUUCAGCCAGGAAAGCCUUUACCAGAGUUUGGGGCCUGCAAACACUUCAAGAAGAGUUCUAGAUGGCUACGAUUCCCGUGCUGUGGACGAGCCUACCCUUGUGAUCUUUGCCACAAUGAGGACCAGACUCAUCAGAUGGAAUUUGCCACUCGCAUGAUCUGCGGAUUCUGCGCUCAUGAACAGCCGUACACAAAUAACAGACCAUGCUCUGCAUGUGCAUCGGCGCUGACGAAGAACAGCAAGUCGCACCACUGGGAGGGUGGGCAAGGAUGCAGGAACAAAGUCAACAUGUCCAGGAAGGACAAACAGAAGUAUGCCAGCACCAAUAAAACAAUUUCACGGAAGUCGCAUGCUGAGAAAAGCAUCAAAUAACAAAGCAUUUUUGAUGUUAAUGUAUGGUUGCCUAUUAUGGCUUGUUAUGGAUUAAAAUUUAAAUGUUAAGGUUUUAAUUGAGAAUGAAAUUGGCUUGUGUAAUUAAGUGUAUCUCAAUAGUAUGCUUAUGAGUUGACUAAACAGCAUGGGCAACAUGCAUAAAUAAUAUAUUUUGUUAGUAAUCCUGUGUACCACAUGGAUGGUAAAUAGAACAUUUUGAUCAUAGGAUCUUACUCUCACCAAUUGUGCUUCAGUCAUUUUUACAAAUUACGCACUUAAGCUAAACAUGCAAGUUCAGAUUUUUGUGUUUUAUGCACGUUAUGCUUAUGCAACUGUAAUAUACUGCGAGCUAUGGUCGACCUUUUAUCAGUCCACUGCUUAAAGAAAGUCUCCCCACACUCGUUCACAGGCUUUUGAACCGUACUUCACCCAAUGCAGGUUGGUUGAAGGGGUGGGGGGAGGAGUCUCAGGAUCGGUGCAGAUAUCAGAUAUCAUUCGACAUUGAUAAUUAUAGGCAUGGCCAGGAAUCGAACUUUGGUCCGCAGGGUCAUAGUGCAGUGCACACCAUUGCGCCACCUCUAUAUUUUAGGUAUACUCGGGCUUAUUGUCUUUUUUGACAUUUAACUUGCACAUUAGUGCGUGCUUUAAAUCUAUAUAAAGGUGAACCCUCAAUGGAAUGUUUUCAAGAGUAACCAUGAAAGUUGAAUGUUACAUGUAGUAAAAUACUAAUUGGAGAAUACUGGGUUUUUUUAUGGAACUUUCAAAAUUGAAUGUUAAAAAUGGAAAUGCACGAGCCAGGAAUAUAAUAACGAGUCUUAACGAUUAUAUUUAUAACGAGCACUGGUGUCUUGAUGUGAAAACAAUAGUUUUGAAUUUUGAUGGGGAAAUAACGUCAAUUUCCAUCGCGUUUGAAAAUGUAAUUCUGAUUUAAUAUGCGCUUACACAAUUCCUAUAUACAAAUUAAAAGUUAACUUAAAAUGCUUUAAUUACAUGCUCAGCAUGUACAUUGAAAUAAAAUGCAUACCUCAUUAACAA